AUGAUGAGAUUCACAAUCAUAGUAGUAGCUUUCCUUAUUAUCAUUCAAGCCCUAGAAGACGACCAUAUCCUAGUCUAUGCUCAUGAAGGCGGAGAUGCUGGUCACAAGAGUCUUGACUAUUUUGGAGAUAAAUAUACAUCGACACUGCAUCCUAAAGAUUCCCACGACUUUACCAACAGUAGAGCACCGAGGAAACUAAGGUCCGGGAGAACAAUGAGAACCACGGUGGCUAGGGACGAGAAGGAGAAAGUGAGGGCGAUGAAUAACGAUGAUUGGAGUAUAAAGAUUUCAUCAGGUGCAUCGAAGCAUCUGAUGGUGGAGCGAAAAAUAUGGUUUCAUAAGAGAAGAGAGCAUAAGAAGAUCAAAAUAUUUGGAGAUUUUGACACCACUAAGCAUAUCGAUGAUCUCACCACCGCUAAUAGCCUACCAAAACGUGAACUAUUUUUUUCAGAGGAUAUGAAGAAACUUGCUCGAUUAUUACGCAGUGAUUAUCCGAUCCACAGUAAGCCUCGAGGAAAGCCUCCAGUCCAUAACCGAGCUCCUGACAAGAUUUAAGUGAUUGUGGAUGGGUCGACAAGACUUUGUGUUAUAAUAGAUAAGACUAUGAAACUAUCAAUUUUGUUAGCGAGGUUGUUAUAUGUUGGUCCCAGUUUUGUUGCUGUGUAUAGGGACUUACGUCUUGUCUUGUGUAAUAGAGUAAUAGUAGCUUCUAGCUAUAGUAUUGAA